AUGGAGCAACAAAUAGUGCAGCUCCUCCACGACACGCAGUCGCCCAACGAUGGCCCUCGUCGCAAUGCCGAGCUGCGCCUCCGCCAGCUCUACCCAGACACAACCUUUGCUCCCACCCUGAUCGCCGUCGCUACACACCAGUCCAUCGACCUUCCCACGAGGCAAGCCGCCCUGCUGUUCCUCAAGCAGUUUGUGCAGCAAGUAUGGUCUCCCCAGUUCGAAGAGUUCAAGGGCGAAAUGCUCGUCUCUGUCGAAGACCGUGCAAAGCUCCGACAGGCUCUGCUUGACCUGGCCACCGAUGCCCACCAGGAGAGGAAGAUCAAGAGCGCAGCUUCUAUCGUCGUCAGCAAGAUUGCUACUGCCGACUUNCCUGACGAAUACCCGAACCUCCUUCCCACCCUGCUACACAUCAUCAACAACGGCCAGGAUGGUCAGCUACAUGGCGCCCUCAAGGUCCUUCAAGACUUGGUCGACGACUGCUUCAACGACGAUCAGUUCUUCAAUGUCGCCUACCAGAUCGUCUCGUCUGUCUUUGCCGUAGCCACCAGCUCCCGUCCUACCAUCCUUCGCGCUUUGGCUGUCUCAGUCUUCCGAUCAUGCUUCGACAUGCUGGAGAUGGUCAUGGAGGACCACAAGACGGCUGUCAAGUCUUUUGCCGAAGACACGCUCAACAACUGGUACCCCUUCUUCCUCGCUACUCUGAACAUGCCUGUGCCCGCCACUCCUGUCGAGCAAGAAGAGUCUCAGAACCCCAUCGCUGAAAUAUACCGUGGCAUCGUUGCUCUCAAGCUGCAGGUCGUCAAAGUCUUGAUGCGUGUUCGCUCCAUCUUCCCCUCAGUCCUGGCUCCUCAGGCGCCUGCUCUGUUCGCCGCUACAUGGCAAGAGCUCAAUAAUCUCCGCCAGUCAUAUCACGAGUCUUUUAUUCUCCACGAUCGCCAAGGUCGGCUUGAAGAUGCCGAUGGUCUGCCCUUCACCCUCGACUUCUUGGUGCUCGAGGAGCUGGACUUCAUGCAAGCCUGUCUUCGUGCUGCUCCUGUCCGCAAACAACUCGAAGAGCAGCUGCAGUCUCAGUCAAUGCCAGACACUUGGGUCACUGAAGUCAUGAAGCUCACCGUUACAUAUGCACAUAUCACCACAGAAGAGGAAGGUCUGUGGGACAUUGACCUGAACAUCUUCCUGGCCGAAGAGUCAAACGUCACUGCAAACUACACUCCUCGAACUGCCUGUGCCGAUUUGGCCAUCAAGCUUGGUGAGUGGCAAAGUGCUGCUACCAUCGAGGGACUCUUACACCACACUCGCGAGCUCUACUCGACUGACUCUAGCUGGAAGGCAAAGGAGUCUGCUCUGUUCAUUCUCAACCAGCUCCUGACUGACUUCUCUGACGGCGAACGAGACAUAGCUCCAGAGAUUGCCAGUGCCUACAUCGACUUCGUCAGAUAUGCAAUGCAACAGGAACACGUCUUCCUCCGAGCGAGAGGCCAUUUGACCGCUAGUAGUUUGGUGCGCACGGCUGGUUCUGCUCUUGGCGGAGUGGAUUCGUCGCUCAUGGAGCAGUCGCUGCACGCAAUCACCAACGAUCCCUCUGAUGUCGUCAAGGUGUCGUGUAUCCGUUCCAUGCAAGCCUAUCUCCAAGGCGUCCCUUCUGCCAACAACAUGUCCAUGCAGCCUGCCAUCAUCAACGCUAUCCACACUUUCGUCACUGAGCUUGACUUUAGCGACAUGGAUGAGUCUGAGGAUGUCAUGAUUGCCAUCGUCGAGACACUGCGUGAUGCCAUUAUGAUUGACACGCGUAUCUGCUUGACUGGCUCUGGCUUGGAUGUCCUCUUUACUAUUGCUAGCUGGUGUGCUGUCAAUUACCAGAUCUACAUUCUCAUUGCCGAGACCUUCGAAGAUAUCGCAGAGACACUAUCAGGUGCAGGUCCCGAGGUAUACACACAACUAUGCGCCAAAGUCUUGCCUUCGCUGUCAGGGGCCUUUGCCGUUGCCAACCUGACUGAUGAGAACUCUUUGACAAAUCUUGCCGCAGACAUGCUUUCUGAUCUCGCACAGAACGGUCCCUCACCACUGCCUCAAGGAUUCAUCGUCACCAUCAUGCCUAAACUCACACGUCUUCUCCUUGAAUCUCCCGAUGAAGAGUUGCUUAAGGCAGCAACCUCUGCCACUCGGUACAUGCUGGAGAAAGACCCCGAGCAGAUGUUCAACUGGGCAAAUCAUGAUGGUAAGUCCGGUCUUGAAGUCAUUCUAGUCAUCAUCGAUCGUCUUCUUGGUCCUUCAGUUGAAGACAAUGCCGCUGGUGAAGUCGGUGGUCUUGCUGCUGCCCUGGUUGAGAAGGCUGGAUCUGAUAGACUCGGUCCAUACUUGGCACAGUUGUUGAGCGCCGUUGCUCACAGAGUCAACACUGCUACUCAAACACAAAUCAUUCAGAGUUUGAUUCUUGUGUUUGCGAGACUGUCCCUGCUUUCAGCCAGAGAGGUUGUCGACUUCCUUGCCCAAAUCGCUAUCGGCGAAGAGAGUGGUUUGCAAGUCGUCUUGACAAAGUGGCUCGAGAAUUCCAUCAACUUUGCCGGCUAUGAUGAGAUCAGACAGAACAUCAUCGCCCUCUCGCGCCUUUAUGACCUUCACGACCCCCGCCUCGACACGGUCCAAGUCAAGGGCGACAUGAUCAUGCCAACGUCCACGCGCAUCAUGACUAGAAGCCGUGCCCGCGCAAACCCUGACCAAUUCGCCAUCAUCCCCGCCCCUCUCAAGAUUGUCAAGAUUCUCGUCGACGAACUUCUCUCCAACAACGUCUCGCGUAGUGUCGAGACUCUUGCUCCAGCCUCUGAACUCGAAAAAGCAGAAUCAGUCGGUAGUGGCGACUCGGACUGGGAAGAUGAAGACGGUUUCUUGGACUUGGGUGCUGGCAUGACCAAGGAGGCACUAAUGGGUAUGAUUGCGGAUGAUAUGCCGAGCAGGAGCAGAGAUGACGAGACUCAAGGUUUCUUGCUUCAGUGGUUUGGAGUCAAGGCUCAGGAAGAGGGCUUCGGUGCGGUGUUCGGCCAGUUGACUGCUGGUGAACAGGAAAAGUUGAGGUCUAUGGCUUGA